UUCUAUUGAAACUCCUUGAACUCUGUUGAUUUUUGAAAGCAAUAUAGAAGUAUUGUUAUAGUGUGGUGAAGAUCCUGAGGACAUCCGGCCCAAGCUUCAGGGAUUUUCUCCCACAGGAUCCAUAAUGUCAAUAUUUGUUUUGACAACGUUGGUUUUUAAACUCUGAAUAUGUUGUGGAUACAUGAGGAAAUCGUUCAGAAAUCGUUUUUCUUUUUUGUAAUAGAGUUUGAACUGAUGCAUGUGGACGAGUUCAUUGACGAGCUUCUUCACUCAGAGAGGAUGUGUGACAUCAUUCUGCCUCGACUUCAGCUGAGCUGGUUGUGGACAAAGCCAUGGAGUUGAAGUUUGUCGGUGGAGUUUUUGGAGGAAACAUCAAGCCCACUCCCUUCCUCUGCCUCACUCUGAAGAUGCUGCAGAUUCAACCUGAAAAAGACAUCAUCGUUGAGUUCAUAAAAAACGAAGAUUUCAAAUAUGUUCGUCUACUCGGAGCGAUGUACAUGAGGUUAACUGGCACCGCAGUGGAUUGCUACAAAUACUUGGAACCGCUGUACAACGAUUACAGAAGGGUCAAGAGUCAGAACAGAAAUGGAGAGUUUGAACUGAUGCAUGUGGACGAGUUCAUUGACGAGCUUCUUCACUCAGAGAGGAUGUGUGACAUUAUUCUGCCUCGACUUCAGAAAAGACACGUCCUCGAGGAGGCUGAGAUGUUAGACCCACGUAUCAGCGCUCUAGAGGAAGAUCUGGAUGAGGUGGAGAGCAGUGAAGAAGAAGAUGAGGAAGAAGAGAAGCCGGAGAGACUCCAGACCCCUGAGCCCCACAGGCGCCGCGACGGUUACCGUGACAACGACCGACCUCGUCGCUCACCGUCGCCUCGUUACAGACGCAGUCGCUCACCCAGACGGAGGAGCAGAUCUCCAAAGAGGCGAAGCCCAUCGCCCCGGAGAAACCGCCAUCGCAGCAAGAGCCCCCGCCGACACCGCAGCCGGUCCAGAUCCAAAUCCCCCGGUCAUCACAGAAGCCACAGACAUCGCAGCCACUCAAAGUCCCCAGAGAGGAGUUCAAAAAAGAGUCACAAGAAGAGUCGAAGAGGAAACGAGUGAUGUUUCUUAUAUAUCUUCCCUUUUUAUUUUUUACCUCCAAACGGUCAUAGAACUUGCUUCUAAAUCUUGUACGAAAUUUGAGUUUCCAUUCAUUUCCAUUUUCGAUGUUGGACCACCGACAUGUCUAAGAUUUUACAAUGUAAAGCCCUCCGGUCUCAGCAGUGUGUAUGGACAGUAUAUAUUCACUCACUCCAUCUGCAGCCUUUCAGCCUCAUUCUCACACCCUCUGAGAGAGAGCAAUCUUACAGUACGCCCCGUCUUCAGAUACUUACGGCUAUUAUUGAUAACUUUUGGAUCUGUGUAAAUGUAGAAAAUGUGUUUCUGUAUGUUAAGAAUGAGUUUCACACUCUGACCUGACAUUUGUCAGAAAUAAAGACCCUGAUUCCUUA